UCAACUCUUAAACCCUACUGAAAAUCAAUCACGGUUCUUCUACACAGUCUGAACAAUGAUCUCACGUUUGCUUCCAAGACCCUCUCAAUUUCGUCUCUUAUACAAUCUCUCCUCCAAAUCACAAUCAUCCAAUUUUCUCGUCAGACAUUUUUCCUCCGAUCAAAACGACAACAGAAAUAGCAGCAGCAACUCACACUCCGACUCCAAUUUAUGGAAGCUUUCCACUGAUGAAAAAUUCGAUUCGUUUUUCAAUUCAGAUUCCAAUGUAGACAGCCUGUCCGGAAUUGCUGAUCCUCCAGGGGUUGGACAAGAGUCAUGGUUAGCGGAGGAGAAGAGCGGUGGCGGUGGCGGUAAUGAGUGGCUGAAUUCGGAUUCGUAUAAGAUGUGGAGCUUGGAUGAAGCUGAGAGUGAGAAAAAAACUGGGUUUGACAUUGGACAGAUUGCUACUGAUAAUACCAAUAGUGAAAUUGUUAGUACUGCGAAUUUGGAGAAUGAAAAAUCCGACGAGCAAUCUCUUGAAGAAGAGGAGAAGCAGCUCACUGCCAUACUUAAAGGUCCGAAUCGUGCAUUUGGUGACCUAAUUGCAGCGUCGGGAAUUACUGAUGCUAUGCUGGACAGUUUGAUUGCUCUAAGGGAUUUUGAGGGGGUUGAGGGACUGCCUUCUUUAAGUGAAAUUGAGGACAUACGCUAUGAGAAGAACACUAAAAAAUCUACUCGAGCGGAAAUUGAGCGGCAGAAGCAGGAAGAAGUUGCUAAUGCUAGAGUGAGACAAGUUGAUGACAAAGGAAGAGCUUAUGGUACUGGAAGAAGGAAGUGUAGUGUUGCUCGUGUUUGGAUUGAACCUGGUGAUGGGAAAUUUGUAAUUAACGAUAAAGAAUUUGAUGUCUAUUUUCCUAUGCUUGAUCAUCGAGCUGCCCUAUUACGACCUUUUUCUGAGACUAAGACCUUGGGUCUUUGGGAUAUUAAGUGCACUGUACAAGGAGGUGGUACUACAGGUCAAGUUGGAGCUAUUCAGCUAGGAAUCAGCAGGGCCAUGCAAAAUUGGGAACCAGAUUUACGUGCUCCCCUCAGAAACGUUGGUUUCUUGACGAGGGAUCCUCGCGCUGUUGAAAGGAAGAAACCAGGAAAAGCCAAGGCAAGGAAAAGCUUCCAAUGGGUCAAGCGUUGAUCAAGUUUACAAUUUUAUACAAUUAGCUUGACAUGUCUUUUGUAAUGUAGCUUGUAGUUGAUAAUUAACCUUAUGAAGAUUUCGACAUGGAGAGAGUUGACCUGUUAUACCCUUGUGCACACUCUUCCCUUUUUCUUGAUUGAUAAAUCCGUUUUGGGCAAUAAAUUAGAAGCUUGGAGCUAUUUUUAUAA